AGUCGACGCCGUGAAGAUCCGGCAUCGAGCAGAACGGGGCGACAGCCCCGCCCCUCGCGAAGCGAGCAAGAUCAACCGCAAUUUGCUUGCGCGCGCAGAGGUGGAAGCUGCAGUACCGGAUCAAGUGAAAGAGCGGGGUUUGGUUCUCGAACGCAUAGUAUGCUGAGUAAAAUCGUCCUCAUCCGCCGGAGCCCCAUUGGGAACGUUUUCUAGGGGUAUUUUGGAAUUUGUGAUGCUUGAAUCAGCAUAAGAGGCUAGAUCUGUGAUGCUGCUCAACUAGCUAAAUGGUAUUAAUACACUACAAAGCCAAAGACAAUUUUGUCAUGCGCAACAGCCAAACCCAAACGCAUACGCAAAUCUGGCUGAUUCAGUUGUCUCUAGCACAUUUCCCAUUCGUUGUUGACUCUGGGUUGGGGACCUCGCUUUUGCACAGAAUACAUAGCAGGCUUCCUACCGCGUCAAUCGAACGCCGGCUUUCACCCGGGUAAAAACAUUCGCGCGGCCAGCACAAACGAAAGAGAUCACUACGACCGGCAGACGGAAAGCAGCGUAGAGAGGGAUGCUCGCCACAACGUGAGGGCCGCAGCGGUCGACGCAUACCGUUUUGGCGGUCGUGACGAGCGGCUCCCCGGAACGUGGGAACAGUUUGCGGCUCUGCCCCAGUACAUGCGGGAAGAUUUGCAGGUGGUGAGGUAUGCGAUCAGAAGUGGAAUCAUCAACACUUUUGAGCAGUUCCGCGCCCUGCCGGAACCGCUCAGAAAAGACAUGUUUGUUAUCGAGGAUGCGCUGAGGCACCGUGUAAUUCGUUCGUGG